AUGAGAUUCAUCAAUCUUUUUGUCUCUAUUUUUCUUUGGGGGUUACUUCAACUACAGGGUGUUGCUGGUCAAUCUACUGCUUCAACAGUUUCUGGUAUAGCUACUGUUUCGUCUAAUUUAGUUAGACAGACAACAUUAUCUUCGGCAUGUGCCUACAGUUCCCAAACUGGUGCUAUUGAUGGUAAAGGUUACAAGGCUACCUAUGAUAUAACCGGUAAAACAACUGGUACUUUUUUGCGUUCCCGUGUUUUGACAAUCACUUGGUUCUUCCAAUUCGAUCAUCCAAUUGAUGCUAAUGCCUUUGCUGUCACGAAAUUGGGAUUGGAAAUAUCAAAUAUUAAAGGUACUGUCAAUGUUGCAGAAGGUUCAUUCAUUGUUUCUUAUGAUGUUACAAUUCCAUAUUUGACUUUCAUUACUUCCAUUCCAAGUUACUGUCUUUUAGAUUAUGUGUCAUUCCAAUUCACUGUCCCACAAAAUAAAGAUAACACCGAAACAAGUUAUUAUGCCUUUUACGUUGGUACGGCUGGUGCAGUGGUCUCCACUAUAUUGAGUCAGGCAGUUUGUGGUGUAACAACUUUGGGCAACUGUCCUGUUUAUACUAGUGGUUUUAAUUUUGAUUGUUCGGGUUUAGGUUCAUUUUUAGACUGUGAUGAUACUGCAACAAUCACAAACAGUUACUCUGCAGCUCCAAUUACUGUUCCAAGCCCAUACACCACUACCUAUACAAACUCUGAUGGAAAAUCAUUAACAGGUGUGGUCAGUUAUUACACAACAACAGGACCAAAUGGAAGACCAGCUACUGGUACCACAACAUCUGUUCGUACUGUUCCAAGUCCAGUUACAACCACAUACACUAAUGCAGCUGGUCAAAGUGUUAGUGGUCUAGUUAGUUAUUUCCCAACAACUAAUUCCAACGGUCAAUUUGCAACUGGUGCUACUACUAUUCCAUUUACUGUUCCAAGUCCAGUUACAACUACUUAUACCAACGCAGCUGGUCAAAGUAUUAGUGGUCUAGUUAGUUAUUUCCCAACAACUAAUUCCAACGGUCAAUUUGCAACUGGUGCUACUACCAUUCCAUUCACUGUUCCAAGUCCAAUCGCUACUUC